GCGGCUGCCGGUCCAGCUCGGCCCCGCCCCGCCGCUGUGGGACAGUGGGACCCGGGGGGUGCGGAGCACGGUGCGGAGCGAGCGAGCCGGCCGGCGGGACGAGGCCAUGGAGAGCAAGGUCCAGCAGGUUCGCGAAGCGUUCGCGUCGGGCCGGUCGCGCCCCCUGAGGUUCCGGCUGCAGCAGCUCGAGGCGCUGCGCAGGAUGGUGCAGGAACGCGAGAAGGACAUCCUGGAGGCCAUCGCCGCCGACCUGUGCAAGAGUGAGUUCAAUGCAUACAGUCAGGAAGUCAUUACCGUUCUCGGGGAACUCGAUCUCGUACUGGAGAACCUUCCUGAAUGGGUCACCGCCAAACCAGCCAAGAAGAACCUGUUCACCAUGCUGGAUGAGGCCUACGUUCAGCCGGAGCCCCUGGGAGUCGUGCUGAUUAUCGGAGCCUGGAACUACCCUUUCGUUCUCACCAUGCAGCCCCUGAUAGGAGCCAUCGCUGCAGGAAAUGCUGUUAUUAUCAAGCCUUCUGAACUAUGUGAAAAAACAGCCAAGGCUUUGGCCAAACUCCUGCCACAGUACUUAGACCAGGACCUGUACGUUGUCAUCAAUGGCGGAGUCCAGGAAACCACAGAGCUUCUGAAGCAGCGAUUUGACCACAUCCUGUACACGGGCAGCACCGCGGUUGGGAAAAUCGUCAUGGAGGCCGCCGCCAAGCACCUGACCCCCGUGACCCUUGAACUAGGAGGGAAGAGUCCGUGUUACGUGGACAGAGAUUGCGACCUGGACACCGCCUGCAGGCGCAUAGCGUGGGGCAAGUACAUGAACUGCGGUCAGACCUGCAUUGCUCCCGACUAUGUUCUCUGCGAACCGUCCCUCCAGAAUGAGAUCGUGCGGAAGAUUAAGGAAACAGUAAAGGAAUUUUAUGGAGAAAAUAUAAAAGAAUCCCCUGAUUACGAAAGGAUCGUCAAUCUGCGUCAUUUUAAGAGGGUCCAGAGUUUGCUUGAAGGACAAAAGAUAGCCUUCGGUGGUGAGACCGACGAGGCCACGCGCUACAUAGCGCCAACAGUCCUCACCGACGUCGACCCCAACACCAAGGUGAUGCAGGAAGAAAUUUUCGGACCGAUUCUUCCAAUAGUGCCUGUGAGGGAUGCUGAUGAAGCCAUCAAGUUCAUAAACGACCGUGAAAAGCCUCUGGCCUUCUAUGUCUUUUCUCAUAAUGACAAGCUCAUCAGACGGAUGAUCGACAGCACGUCCAGCGGUGGUGUCACGGCCAACGACGUUAUCAUGCACUUCACGCUCAGUUCUUUACCCUUCGGGGGAGUAGGGUCCAGUGGGAUGGGAGCUUAUCACGGCAGACACAGUUUUGAUACUUUUUCGCAUCAGCGUCCCUGCUUACUGAAAAGUUUAAAGAGAGAAAGUGCUAACAAGCUCAGGUACCCUCCCAACAGCCAGUCAAAGGUGGACUGGGCCAAAUUUUUCCUCCUGAAACGCUUCAACAGAGGAAAGUUCGGUCUCCUGUUCCUCGCUUUCCUGGGCAUCGUGGCGGCUGUGCUUCUCAAGAGAAACCAAGCCGCGCUGAGGAGAAAGGCCUUGUUGAUUUUUCUGCCGCCCAGCUAGCAGUGACGAACCCCAGAUCUCAGGACCCCAGCCCCGUCUGUUAAGGGCGAGGUAGGAACCCCUUGUUUUCUCUCUCUCCGUAAGGUGGGCCAGGUUGGGGUAUGCUUUCUUGGAGCGGUUUGUCUACAGCGAGAGGCUUAGGGGUCUUUGAGAAGACGUUUCACCUUGUCUGUGUCCGGACAUUGUGGAGCUCGGCCCAGAGCCUCAGAGCGUUAAAACUUGACUCAGUCCUGCUGUUGAAAGAGAGGGGUUGUUUGUGGGGAUCUUAAAAACCAUGUGGAGGUACCAGAGCCUCUGCUGGGUCUAGAUAGAGUGUGUGUCAUUUCUAGAAAGAGUCACGUGCGCCCCUCCACCCUCCUCCCCAUCCACUCCGCUCUCCCAGAAGACGAGCCAGCUGACCGACUCAGAUCUGUAAGACGCACACGUACACAGCGAACUCCCUGUUUUAAGAUUUGAGGCCUAGCUCCUAAACUCUCGGAGUCACGUUUUGUUCCAAGUUGCUUCGGUGUUUAACAAGAAGUUUGACUUCAGAAUUCAUGGUGGCAGACUGAGCGAAUCAAACGUUGUGUGCGGCUGGGAAGCUCUGCUCCUCCCUCUGCAUCUUCCUGAGGCCUGGGUGUACUUGGCUGUCUCGUCAUUAUCUGCCUGUCUUCUCCUGUCCAGGACGACAGCCCCCAGCCUGAUACGCAUCUUCUUGCUGGGGGAUCGAAGUUCUUAGCGCCAUGGAAAUUUGGAGGGCCAGGCCGACUGUGCCCCCCAUGUAACCCCGGAGGGCUCCCACCGCCGCGGCGCAUUGGGCCAGACAGGCGGGCGCAGGCCAGGUGGCCCGCAUGAACGCCCCAAAAGGGUUUGCAGACAGGCCUCCCUCUGCUAAGGUCUAGAGCAGCGGGAGCGUGUAAUCACACGGCUCCGGGAACAAGAAAAUGCGGCUGUAGUUCUGAGAUCAGCAGAUUUCUGACUCUGAGGAAGGCCCUUUCUGGGCCCGCCUGGAACGAGGGCAGCGGGCAGCGGACUCCCAGGCCGCCCCUCCGUCCCCGUCCCCGUCCCCGUCCCCGUGAGCUGAUGUGUUCAGCGCCACACCGCUUCGGCUUCGGCGCCCGACCGCUCAGGAUUUGGCUUUCUUGUCCUCUUUGCUGCUUCUCAGCGCUUCUCUCUGAGCUUCUGUCCUCGUUUUCUCAAAUCACCUUUUAAGUGAUUCUAAGCCCAGAUUGUGCUUUUAUCGGAGGAGUCCUUAUUUAGUGCAACUGAAAUAAUUUUCUUCUGAAAACGGCUUUUCCGCGCUCAGUAAAUCUGUUAGAUGGUUGGAUGUGAUUUCAUUAACUCACUUCACCACAGUGAGGAUGGGCU